AUGGAAAAAAAUCGAGCUGACGCAGUUGCCAAUGAACGCCAAAAGACGGUAACUUUCUUGGGGGCGGCUCGCGCAUUAAAGGAUGACACCUCUGCAUGGGAGCCGUACGUUUUUCCGCAGCGAUUCAAUGCCACGAAGAAAGAAAACUGUUUGAUGGCGCUCCUCUUGUGGUGUGUCAGCGGUUCCGACGGUCGCGCACCUCUCUCUACCAAAGGCAAUGGUAAUGAUGAGGACCCAGACCACGUGUUGCAGCGUGACGCGGAGUUCACAUCGACGCUGCCUUCGGUGCCUUUUGACCACAGCCAUAUUAUUCACCGUCAGUUGCUAGUGACCAUUCACAACAGUCUCCUUCGUCGCACGAGCAGCAACAGUGCCAAUAGUAGUCACAUCGGAGCGAUUGAUUGGGAGAAGCUAGGGUUUCAAGGCAGCGACCCGGCCACUGACCUACGCUCUACAGGCAUUUUCGGUCUCCUGCAAUUAGUUUACCUCAUAGAAUAUUACUGUGACUUUGCCAUUCAUCUAUGGGACACGUGCACGAAUGGUGGCAGUGACGUAGACGUCUUCGAAGAGCUCCCAUUUGUGCUGAUUGGGUUUAACUUCUCUGCUGUGGUCCUUGAUGGGUUGAAGGACACGGGGUUUAGCAGCGAUAUCANAGCUCCCAUUUGUGCUGAUUGGGUUUAA